AUGUCGGGAAUCAAAUUUCUCCACUUGUCAUCCAACCAGCUCAAUGGUUCUAUCCCUGUUGCGCUUGGUGGAACUCUCGACAAGCUAAAGGUGCUGGCUCUAUCUAAAAACAGUCUCACUGGAGUCAUUCCAUCAUCCAUUGGGAACCUUUCUUCUCUAGUUCAACUCUCUCUUAUGUCAAAUAAUUUACAAGGAAUCAUCUCUGAAGAACUCGGCAGGCUGUCAAACUUAGUGCGUUUCCAGGUGGCUGACAAUUCUCUCCAUGGGACAAUCCCUUCAGUUUUGUUCAAUAUUUCAUCUAUAGAUUUUAUAAGCGUCGCAGUCAAUCAGCUCCAUGGGAGGCUACCUUCAACUUUAGGCACCAAGCUUUCAAAACUCACAAUGCUUUACAUUGGUGGUAACAUGUUUAGUGGAACCGUCCCUGCUUCACUGUCCAAUGCUUCUCUUCUUGAGAUUGACAUUUCACUAAACCAGUUUAGUGGGACAGUGCCCCCAAUUUUUGGAGGGAUGCAUGGCCUUUAUUAUCUCAAUUUACAAAAUAAUCAGUUUAAAGCCAGCGAUGCCAGGGAUUGGAGCUUCAUUGAUUCCUUGGUGAAUUGCAGCAACUUGAACAUGCUCUCUAUUUCAUUCAAUGAUCUCGGCGGUGUGUUGCCUCUGUCGAUAGCCAACUUCUCUAAGGAGAUGAUGUUUUUAUACAUGGGUUACAACCAUUUCUCAGGGAUCAUUCCGCAUGGGAUUGGAAAUUUAGUUAAUUUGUUUGAAUUGUCUUUGGAAGAUAAUCACCUCACUGGCCCAAUUCCAGAUAACAUUGGAAAGCUUACAAUGUUACGGGCUUUGAGUUUGCAUGACAACAAGCUCAUAGGUUUCAUUCCAUCCAGCAUUGGCAAUCUAACUCUGUUGUCAGAUAUCUUCUUAGAUGGGAAUAAAUUUGAAGGCACUAUACCUUCUACUAUGAAAACUCUCAGGCAACUCUCAACACUGUAUUCAUCUAACAACAGGCUUAGUGGGAGAAUACCAGGAGAAAUCCUUGGACAUUUCUUUUCACUUCUUGUUCUUGAUUUAGCCAACAACUCUUUCAGUGGAACUAUUCCUACAGAGAUUGGAAGCUUGACAAAUCUUCAAUAUUUGCUAUUAAAUGGGAAUAGGUUGACAGGUAAAAUCCCUGGGACCAUCAGUGGAUGUGCAGUCUUAGAAGACCUCAAUUUGCAAGGUAAUCUCUUUAUUGGAUCCAUCCCUCCAUCUUUAAGCAAUCUAAAAGGUCUCAAAAAUUUAAACCUUUCAUACAAUAGCUUGUCAGGAGGCAUUCCUUCAUCUUUUAGCAACUUAAAACUCCUUCAAAUACUUGGUCUAUCAAACAAUAACUUAUCUGGGUCUGUCCCAGAGUUCCUACAAGAUUUGAAGUUUCUUUUUGUUUUGGACCUUUCUUACAAUCACUUCCAUGGUGAACUCCCUGUAAAAGGGGUGUUUACAAAUUCAUCUGCACUAGUUUUAAUUGGAAAUGUUGAGCUUUGCGGGGGACUCCCACAACUUCACUUACCUGUCUGCCUUAAGUCCCACAUAAAACAAGUAGAGGAUCUCUAA